AUGAGCAGUCCUUGCCGUUGUUCUGUGCAGCAACAGCUUGCGGCAGGAGACAGUGUGACCGUUCGGGAUUGCACAUCAUGCCGUGCGGUAUCGGAUUUGCGGCGUCGUUCUGGUUUGCACAGACUUGUUUUGCAGAUCCUGUCUCCAUGCAUGAACCGCAAAUCUGCUUGCAGCUCGAUGCAGACGCAGGUCUUCAUGAGAACACGUGAAGCUAUCCAGCCUCUUCGGCCUUCGUGUGUCACAGCAACUGGCCAUCCAGUGUCGCGAGCCCACAUAGGCACCCACACCCACAUGGGUGCACAAUUUGUGCAGCUUCGCGACUGGAAGCCUGGCAGUCGCGAGUAG